AUGAAAUACGCACAGUACCUUUUCCUGGCCUCAGUGUUCUCCACUGUUGAACAUAGCUUAGCUCAGACCUGUGCAGUGGAGUCCUUCUCUGUGAAAGACAACUUUGAUCCAAAACGGUAUGCAGGGAAAUGGUAUGCCCUGGCCAAGAAGGAUCCUGAAGGCCUUUUCCUUCAGGACAACAUCUCUGCCGAAUACACUGUGGAGGAAGAUGGCACAAUGACAGCAUCUUCCAAAGGCCGAGUGAAGCUUUUUGGGUUCUGGGUGAUCUGUGCUGACAUGGCUGCUCAGUAUACAGUACCUGACCCAACAACUCCAGCAAAAAUGUACAUGACCUACCAGGGCCUGGCCAGCUACCUCUCCAGCGGUGGGGACAACUACUGGGUGAUUGACACCGACUAUGAUAACUACGCCAUUACCUAUGCCUGCCGCAGUCUAAAGGAGGAUGGCUCCUGCGAUGAUGGCUACUCCCUGAUCUUCUCACGCAACCCCCGCGGCCUCCCCCCAGCCAUCCAGCGCAUCGUGCGUCAGAAGCAGGAGGAAAUCUGCAUGUCUGGCCAGUUCCAGCCCGUGCUCCAGUCAGGUACUGCCAGAUAA